AUGGCGAACACAGAUCUCAUCGUCCCCCUCGUGGUCGCUGCAAUCGGUCUUGUCGGCACAAUCGGUAGCCUCCUAUGGGGCUGGUACAUCCAAGGACGCACACAAAAGCAAAAUGCGAAACUAAGCCGCGAGACCGAGAAGCAAGCCGAAAGGAUCGAUGCCAUGAACAAAAAGCACGAAUACAUGAUGGCAGAAUACAAAGCCAAAACGGACCAACAACUCGAAGCCGUGAAAAUUCAAUUCGAGCAACGAAAAGUCGCAGAAAACUUGACAGAAAAAUACUCUCAACCUCUCCUCGUCGCAGCCUACGAUUUGCAACAGCGGCUUUUCGCAUUGGUCGAGUAUCCCAUUAGUCGACAACACGUUUCAACAGAAGAAGGCGUCAACGACCUCAAAAUCUUCACUUGUUAUCUACUGGCACAGUAUAUGGUCUACUGCAACAUCCUCCGCACAAAAACAGGCUACUUAUCCUUCACUCGCGACACAAAACUCAAAGACCUCCGAAACAUGAUGUACGUAAUCGACCAAGAACUCGACCAGAGACGAGAUGACAUAGGCGACGGCGCAAACGUAGGAGUCUGGCCCGGCUCGCGUCUCAUCAUUGCCGAAAGAAUGAUCGUCCCCAACUCCAAACGCGACGUGAACGAACUCCUCGAUGGAGGUUUCGGUCUCGAAGUCAAAGGCUACGAUCAAUUCCUCUCCGAAUGGAAAGAGAAUUUCCAACAACCCAUGGGAUUCUUCUGCCAAUGGAUCGACGAUAUGCUCGAAGGAAGAGUUAAGAGAAAACCUUAUUGGGAUGCAGCAUUCCGUUGUCUGCAGCAUUUACUCGUAGAUCUUAUCAUGAACUUGGACACGAAGGCCGCCUAUCGACCAGAUGAUACGGAGCGAAUGCCGCUGUGUGAGGCAUCGGGGAGGGGAUGUGAUUGUCAAACAUGUUUGCAUAAUACGAAGAGUCUGAAUACGAUUUUGAAGCAAAGGCAGGAUGGGAGGUAUCACGAAGAUGGGAUUUGGAACGUCGAUGGGCUGAGAGCUCGUCGGCCAAAUGGGAAGAUACAGGCAUAUGUUGAUAAGGCAGGGAAGGAGUUCAGAUUGGGAAUGGUGAAGGAGUAUACGACUUAUGAGAAGCUGGAUUAG